AUGGGUAUCAACGUUCUGUGGUCGGCCCCUGAGGUCAACCCCAUCAACAGAAAGGCUCGCUCUGUUCCUGUCCUCAACCCUAUCAACAACUAUGGACGUGUAUUCUUCUUCUCAUGGUUCGGCUUCUUGUUGGCAUUCUGGUCCUGGUACGCAUUCCCUCCACUGCUCAGCGAUGUCAUUGCCAAGGACUUGCACCUCACCAAGCACGAAAUCGCCAACUCCAACAUCAUCGCUCUGACUGCCACUCUCCUCGUUCGUCUGGUUGCUGGUCCUGCUUGUGACCGUUUCGGUCCUAGAUACACAUUUGCCGGAUGCUUGCUUAUUGGUGCUCUCCCUACCUUCUUGGCUGGUACCAUCUCAAGCCCUGCUGGCCUCUAUGUCAUCAGAUUCUUCAUUGGUAUUCUUGGUGGCUCUUUCGUGCCUUGUCAAGUAUGGACAACAGGCUUCUUCGACAAGAACAUCAUCGGAACUGCCAACUCUUUGACUGCUGGUCUUGGUAACUCUGGUGGUGGUAUCACCUACUUCGUCAUGCCUGCCAUCUACACCUCGCUUGUGCAAGACCAAGGCCUUACCCACCACGUCGCUUGGCGUGUUGCCUUCGUUGUUCCUGGUAUUUUGAUCACUGCUGUCGCCUUGUCCCUGUUCUUCUUGUGCGAUGACACUCCCACUGGUAAGUGGGCCGACCGCUUCCAGGUUGCCGAGAGCAACCUCCGCUCCCACGCCGUCGAGGGCGCCAUCGUCGACGUUCCCGGUACUGGCGAGAUCACUGCAGAGAAGACUAGAAAAGAAGCUUCUCGUACACCAUCUACCUCCGACGUUGCCAGUGAAGAGAAGAAGCUUGACGAGACCCGCGGUACCUUCGCCGACAAUGAGGCUCAGAUGGGUGAGGAACAGAUGAUCGACACCGUCCGUGGCGAAGUUGUUCAGAAGCCUUCAUUCAAGGACGCUUUGCCUGUUAUUUUCUCGCCCCAAACCCUUGUGCUCGGUCUUUGCUACUUCUCCACUUUCGGUUGUGAGCUUUCGGUAAACAGCAUUCUCGGAAACUACUACACCGCCAACCUCAAGCUCGGUCUUCAAGAUUCUGGUAACUGGGCUGCCAUGUUCGGUCUCAUGAACAUCGUCUUCCGCCCUCUUGGUGGUCUGGCCUCCGAUUACGCAUACAGAAUGUGCGGACCUUGGGGCAAGAAGGUUCUGCUUCACACCUACGUCACUCUUGCAGGUCUGUUCAUGGUCAUCACUGGUGUUGUCAACCCUCACAAGCGCCCUGCACUUGUCGGUCUCAUCACUGGUGGUGUAGCUUUCUUCAUGGAAGGUGCCAACGGUCUCAACUACUCGCUUGUUCCUCACGUCCACCCUCACGCCAAUGGUAUCGUUUCUGGUGUCGUUGGUGCCAGUGGUAACUUGGGCGGUAUCAUCUUCGCCAUCGUCUUCCGUUACAGUGUCCAUGGCAAGACUACUUUGUACGGACGCAGCUUCUACACCAUUGGUGCUAUCAUGAUGGGCAUUGGUGUUUUGACUGCCUGGAUCAGACCCAUCCCCAAGGGUCAAAUCGGUGGUCGCUAA